AUGAGAACAAGCAAAGCGAGUGUCGCUUGGGACAGCAAGGCUAGCUGCACGGCUGGUACGGUACGUCGCAUGAAGAACACAGAAGCAGCUCCAGAACGCCAGUGUAGAAGCAGAAACUAGUUGUGGCCGGCACUGGGCUCCUACUCUGGAGUUGGUCGGUGGGAACAGAGGUUCGCGGAGUGGAUGGUCGGUGGGACCAGGUGCUGAUACAGAAAGCUUUCUCCUGCUCAAGUGUCGAGGUCUCGAUGUGUUGGAAAGCGACAGCGCCAUCUGGCGGCGGACUGAAGCACAACGAACUUUCAAGUCAGUGCUCCGAACCACCCGAAACACAGCUUGCGCAUCUUAUCAUUGGCCGUCGACAAAGCCAAGCUGUAGUGCCGUGCUGUAUCCUAUCUGUGGGACAGACUAUUGUUCUCAUCCUUGCAAGGGUCGACCGCGAUAACGCUGACUUUCGCUCUCUCUUCCUCUCGCUUAUUUUUCAUACCAAGCAUCGCUACCGUAAUUGCUAGCGUCUGGAAGCACGGACCAAUUGCUAGGUUUGAAAGCACAGACUCGCUGUGACAAAUUCCGUCCGCGUGUGGCGCAGAAGCUUGCUGUUCCCGUAGAGCGUGCUAACGUAGCGAGAAAGUCGCGCAAUCGGCCGGAAGACCAGGAGGAUUUCUGUCCUCUGUGUAAAGUCCAGCGCGUUCGAGACAGGGAUGGGCGGCACAAGAACAAGUCAAGUCAAGGAGCUUGGGGCGACAUGAUGAGCCUUCAACGUUGGUCUUGGACUACUGAAUAGGCCUAGGCCUGAGCGAGGUUUGAACACUACGACGACCGCAGCAUUGCAAACAAGGAGCUGUCCGUGAGUCUGAGACUAUAGACUGCUAUAGAGAAAUUGGCGAGGUAGAGUCAUGACUCUGACGCUGUCACGUAUCACUGUUCGGGCACAGCAGCUCGACUCGACGCUCGCACUUGCCAUAA